CUACAGUGGGAUCAUUUGUUCGUGAUAGCUGAAGACUCGCAACAAAUGUAACCAGUAUAGCCAACAGUGUCUGGAUAAAGGUGACUUAUUUGUCUGCUUAAAGACAACUUACGUUUUGAGAAUUCAUAUAGACUACUUUGGAGCUUAUGUCCAACGAACGAGGGGUAAUUGACUCUUCUCCUUUUGUAAACAGUUUUCAGUCUGUUCUAUAGGAGAUUUGUCAUUUUGUAGCUUUUUAAAUAAAGUCAUAAUGGUGACAAACCGUCAUGAUUCAAGAAGUGUUAGGGUUUUUCAUCGGGGAGAGACAGCCUAUGGAACUUGAAGGAUUUAGACACCUCUCUUGCUGUCUGGAGUUGAACGGUGUCGACUUCCAAAUUGUUCCAGUGGUAACCUCAACAUCGUGAUUCCACCUGGAUAUAUAGCACCUGUUGUUAUUAUUAUUGAACAGUAUGGAGACUAUUGGGAAAUUCGAGUUCAACAGGAAAGACCUGAUUGGACAUGGUGCCUUUGCCGUGGUGUUCAAAGGGAGACAUAAGGAGAGACAUGACUUGGAAGUAGCUGUGAAAUGUAUUAACAAGAAGAACUUGGCAAAAUCCCAUUCACUCUUAGGAAAAGAGAUUAAAAUACUAAAGGAGCUGAAACAUGAGAAUAUCGUUGGACUACUUGACUUCCAGGAAAUGGCUGGGUGUGUGUAUCUGGUCAUGGAGUACUGCAAUGGAGGAGACUUGGCAGAAUACCUCCACUCUAAGGCUACUCUGAGUGAGGACACCAUCCGGGUCUUCCUCCAGCAGAUAGCUGGGGCCAUGAAAGUGCUGAAAGAAAAGGGCAUCCUCCACAGAGACCUCAAACCUCAGAACAUCCUUCUCUGUCACCAUGAGGGACGCAAGUCCAGCCCCAACAACACCUGCAUCAAGAUAGCUGAUUUUGGCUUUGCACGUCACCUCCAGUGUAACGCUAUGGCAGCCACUCUGUGUGGUUCUCCAAUGUAUAUGGCCCCGGAGGUGAUCAUGUCCCAGAACUAUGAUGCCAAAGCUGAUCUGUGGAGCAUAGGAACCAUAGUGUACCAGUGUUUAACUGGGAAAGCUCCGUUUCAGGCCAGUAGCCCCCAGGAGCUGCGUCUCUUCUAUGAGAGAAACAGGGACCUCCAGCCCAGCAUCCCGCGGGAGACGUCAGUCCACCUAAGACACCUGCUCCUGGGCCUGCUGCAAAGGAACCAUAAGGAGCGCAUGGACUUUGAUGAGUUUUUCCAUCACUCUUUCCUUGAGUCAAGUUCAUCCACAAAGAAAUCCUCUCCGGUGCCCAUGCCCUCCUACCCCAGCUCUGGCUCUGCCAGCUCCUCUAGCAGUUCCUCCACCUUACACCUGGCCUCCUCCCCUCAACAUUCCGAUGCGGAGCUGCAGAGACUCCAGCCCAAGGCCGAGCCCUCCCCUUCCCAGGACACAGCCCUCCACAACAGCAGGAACACCUCCUCUGAGACGGACGACUUUGUCAUGGUGCCUGCCCAGUUCCCCAGUGAGAUCACAUGUGACAUGGCAGAUGGGUCACCUGUCCAGGGCAGCCUGUUGUGCAGUGGGAGCUCUCUGCUGGCUGCUGGGGUACUUGGGAGUCUAGGCAGGACACCACCCCCCUCUUCACCCCUCUGUCCCCCUAAUCCUGUUAGCAGGCCUGCAGACUUCAGUGGGAGUAGCUACAGCCAGUCUGUGCCCAUUCCUGUCCCAACACAGAUCCACAACUACCAGCGUUUAGAACAGAACCUACACCCUGCAGGUCUACAUGGCUCAACCAGGGCCACCCUGUGCUGUGUUGAUAGUAGUAGUGGCAGUUCCCCAGGGAGUAGGAAGACUGGAGCCUCCCUUCCUCUCCCAUCAGGCACCGGGGGGGCAGUGCUCAGCCACCGCAGGCUGUCAGCUGGAGGGGCCAGACCCUACCAGCCCUCUCCACAAGUGGGCACUAUCCCAGAGACCCCAGAGCAGACUGGUCUCUUCAGCACCUGGACAGGACAACAGAGCCCUCAGGCCACGCCUCCACAUGAAUUCCCCCGGCCCACCAGCUUUGAGGACUUGCCCAUCAUUCCCACCCGCACACGGACAGUGUCAGACCUGAGCCACAUCAGCAGGGCCACAGGGAAGAGGAAGGGCCCCUUCAAAAGGUCUCUGAGUGCAGGCCGUCUGUCUGACAUGCUGCUGAAGGCUGCUUUUGGAGCUCAGCUGUUGGAUGGAGGAAGUAACGAGAGCCUUUACACUGAGAGGUCCAUGGACACCACAGCUCCAACUAGUGGUGCUUUGAGGGUUGCAGGAUCCUCAGCCUCAGGCAGUCCCACCUCAGUCGUGUUCACUGGGGGAUCCCCAUCCAGAAGAAACACCGGGACUCCACCAAAUACCACCAGGACGUUCUCAGCAGUGGGUUCCCCCAGCUAUGUCAGCCCAGCCUGGUCAAUCAGCAGCGGAACCCAUAGAGAUGUACCUAACUACCAGCACUUAACCAACCCCAUGACAGCCAGCCCAGACAGGGCCAUAGAUUUUGACCCUCCAGAGCUCCCAGAGGAGACACUGAUGGGGCAGUGGCAUACGGAUGGCCUGAGGAACCUGCGCUUCACUCUGGCCUUUGUCCACUGUGUCAUGGAGAUAGCCAGUUCUAAAGACACUGAACUUGAGAGCGAGACCAGUGGGGACGCUCCUGAUGUGUCCUUCCUGCAGCAAAGCCUGGUGGCUGAUCAGAUCAGUCUUCUAAGUCGGGAGUGGGGCUAUGCAGAGCAGUUGGUGCUGUACAUGAAGGCUGCAGAAUUUCUGUCGUCUGCAUUACACACUGCUAUGGAGGACAUCAGAGAAGGCAGACUCUUCCCCUCCUCUACAGUCAAGCAAGUGGUGAAGAAGAUGAAUGAGCUGUAUAAGAGCAGUGUGACGUCCUGUCGGUCCCUCAAUGCCCGCCUGCAGAGCUUCCUCCUCAACAAGCAGAGACUGAUGGACCACAUGAACAACAUCACUGCAGAGAAACUCAUCUACAGUCACACUGUGACCAUGGUGCAGUCAGCAGCGCUAGAUGAGAUGUUUCACCGUGGCCAGGCGCCCAUCCAGAGAUACCAUAAAGCCCUUCUGCUCAUGGAGGGUCUGUCCCUUACCAUCACAGAGCAGGCAGACAUCGACAACAUAAGUAAAUGUAAACAGUGUAUUGAGAGACGCCUCCUUUCUGCUCUGCAGACUCCACAGUGUGAUUGAGCUUAAGGCUUUUGGACUAUAGCUACAAUAUUAGCUGAGCCUCCGGGCAUGGUUAGAGCACCUCCAGACCUCUGAUGUCCCUCUGAUAUCCCUCUGUCCUCAGUGAAGAUGGAGCUCCUCGGACUGUUGACACACAAAAGCACUUUGAACUGAAAAUGCUUAGUAACAAGACCACUGAUAUAGCUGCUCUCAACCCACAGCCUAGCACUAAACAUUUUUAGUACCAGAAGAGAGGAGAAGAGGAGUGGGGUUGGUUCUGUCUGACUCCACUCUGAGAGCAGUGUGUGUUGUGGUUGUGUUUCAUGCUACAGAAUGUUAUGCCAGGCCAGUAGUAUGUUACUGUUAAUCUACUGGAUUUAUCAGGCCUCACUGGAUCGAGUGAUUAUUUUCAUCUCAAAUGUACAGAUUUCUACUUGAAAUAGUUGUUUGAGAAUAAUAGAUGUUUGAGAGUAACAUUUAAUGCUCUCAAUAAUAGAAGGGAAUUCUGAAAAGAUCUUUGGUACCAGCUGGUGUUAUAUUUAAAGAUGCAUUAUGCAGAAAUCGCUCUACCAUUUCCUGGUUGCAAUUUCUUUUCAGUUUAUGUGACAAAACAAGCAAGUAUAGUG